GUGCUAUUCUUGUUCCGGCCAGCUGAACAUAGGUCGUCAGGAGUCUUCAUUCUGUUAGCUCGUUAGCAUAACAACCUGCUGAAGGUUUGAAGGAGGUCGGUAGAGCAACCUGGUUCUGAUCAAAGUCACCGGCUGUCAUCAUGUGGUAUGAGAUCCUGCCCAGUUUGGGCGUCAUGACGGUGUGUAUGAUCAUUCCUGGAGUCGCCACCGCGCAGAUUCACAAAUACACCAACGGAGGGAAGGAGAAGAGAAUCGCUCGGUAUCCGUGGCAGUGGCAUCUGAUGGAGAGAGACAAGCGGGUGUCUGGAACAGGACAGUACCAUGACUCCAAGGGACUCGAGAACAUCCACUGAUGAUGACCAGGAAUAUGAAGACCCCAAUGAGAAGAAAGUUGUACAUUAAAAGCUUCUAUUUACAUUCA